AUGGGAAAAGCGACUUUGUCUGAAAACUCGUGCACUGCCCAACUGGACCACGAAUCGGGCAUCCUAAACCCCUUCCAGGAGACCGGUUGCCUCGAAAUCCUCUCCGGAGAGAGGGGAGACAGCCACCCGUUCGCUUCGCCCUCCCUUUCCUCUUCUCCGGUUCCGACAGAGAACGAAGCGAAACCCGAGGAUGUGCGUGUCCUGCAUGCGCAGCCUUUUUUCCUUCCACAACCACCAGAGUGCGGCACCGCUGGCGGCCAGGCGUCGCGCAUCUCUGCGUCGUACCUCGGCUCCGUCUACGCAGGAACCGUAGAAAAUAAGUAUCGGGGCGAUCUCCCUGGGCGGAAGGGAAUUCUCCGCUGCGAGUUUCUGGCCGCAGCUGAGCUGCUGGCAGAGAAGACAGAACCCCUGAUGUUUCCGCCUCCUCCAGAGGUUCUUUCGAAACCAGAAAUGAAGGAGAAGCAAGGAUCAGGUGGAGCCGGAAACCCACCCUCGCACGCCGCGAAGGCUUCGCCACAGGACAGGCCGACAGCGCGAGGGGCGAGAAGAAGUCUGGAAGCACAGACUGAUCAACCGGAGGGUGACGCAGCGGAGUGCGAAGCAGACUGCGAAAGCGGAAUCGGCCCGGAAGUGCGAGGGGCGGUCGUCGAGCAGGACACGUGUGUGUUACCGCGAGGAUGUGUUGCUACGGAGACAGGCGCAGGGCUGAAAAACCGAUGCGAGACUGACCUCGAAGUGGAGAGAGAGAAGGCGAGCGUUGCGUGCGUCGACGCGCCUGCCGACAAAAACCGGGUUCUUCAGAAUCGGAAGGAAGCGCCUCGUGAACAGAACGAGGACCGGACGACUGUGACAGGUCUGGAGACGACUCUGAAGAGAGUCAAGAAGACACCGGGGAGCGGGGGAGACGAAAUGUACGAUCAGACGGUGCACAGCGUCUCUUUCGCGACACUUCCAAAUCACACGGAAACCGGUGCACGCGCGAGCGACGGCUUCCCAGACUGCGCGCAGCAGCCAUGUUGCGAGUUGGAUCGAGACGGGGAUUCGGCAACGUGUUCGUCCCACCUGUUGUCCUUCGUCUUGGAAGAAACGCGGAGCGAAGACGGAACCGCCGGGAGUGCAGACGCACCGCGAGAGGCAGCCGUGCGUGAACGGGAACAGGACACAAAUUGGCUUUCAGCUGAGCAGGGGAUGUGCCUUGACGGCGGGGAGCUGGACGUACAGCCGACGCAGCCGAUUGCGGGAAGGAGUCGACAGGUGUCGCGCUUCCCGGAAGAAAAGAAUGGAAACAGCGAGGCGGAUGUCGGUCACUCGAGGCGCGAAGCAGAACAGGCAGCAGCCGACGGGGACAUAAGUGGAUUGCAGAUAACGUCAGACGUCGCUGGGGCAGUGAAGGCGAUCGGCACCCUCGACGGAAGAGAAGGCGGAGAAGGAUGCGAACUCGUCGCCGCGGUGAACCCCGCACUAGGGCAAGAGGAAGGCGAAAACGAGGAGACCGCAGACGACACAGUGAAACCCCGCACCCGCGAGACGCAUGGAGAAGGCGCCUGUGGCGCGUUGGUGUUCUCUGAGACAGCAUCUACCCUCGGUGUCGCUGCUCAGUCUCCGGCCUCGCCCCCCGGACAGGCUGGAACUCCGCCAAAUGAAGAAGGUGCUUUGUGUGUCCGUGUCCAGGACCAAGACGGCAGCGCAGCUGGCCGACUGUCUAGACGCCUCGCGGCGUUCACGGCGCGUGCAGCUCAGGAGACUCCCGUGCACGGUCAGGUCGCCGCCAGCGCGGAGGGCGCAGCAUUCGGCGAGCCUCCGCACGCCAUGUGUGUCGAGAGGCAAAUCGAUGGCUGUAGAGAGGGGGGAAGCGAGCAUGCACCUGCCGGUGAACGAGGCGGCCAGCGCAGAGAACAAGUGCUCGACACAUCUGUGGCUGUUCCAGGACCCGAGGGUGGCCCAGCGCGGUGUUCUGUUGCUGCCUUAGUGGUUGCUCCAACUUCUUCUCCGUCGCCGGCUGCAAACGAGCGAGAGCGCAACCGAGACGCGCGCGAGAAAAGUGGAGAUGCUCUGGGAGGAAGCGAAGGAGGCGAUGCGUGUUUGACGCGGCUCAGGGCUGGGGAAGGAGGAGCGCCGCCCUUGGCGAGAGCCGCGGCGACCGGUCGCCUCCAGGCGUUCGAUAAGCCACAACGCACACCUGAAACCGCGAGUACCCCCAGUGGUUCAGAGAAGGAACAGGAACAGGCGACGCUCCCCUCCAACCGUCGUCGGCUUCGCCCUGAAGACAGUCCCUCGCGAGCGGGGCGGGAGGGCGAGAAGCGCCUGCGUCGACUUGCGAGCCGAGACGGCUCUGCAGUCGCGGAACAGGUCGAUUCGGCAGCUUGCGUGCACGACGCAAAACCCAUCAAUCCAUCCAUCGCUCAGGCGUUCCACCCGAGCCGGAUUUCCUCGACGCUCAGAUGCGCAGAGCUGCAGACGCCGAGCAAACCGCGAUUGUGUGCUCGUGGAUUGACAAAGACGACGAGCAUGACUCCCGCUCGGUCCCCCGAAGAGGACUCGCCCCUCUUCGUGCCGGCGCCUUCUCCGCCGCCUCCGUCUGCUUCUCCGACGCCGUGUCGCCUCCGCCGGAGCGGGGUGUCUGGGGAGACAGAGACAGCUGUCUGUUUGCCGAGCUGCAGCGCAACCAGGAGCAAGCGCGUGUGGACGUGCCCGCCUCCGGACUGGGAGAUCGAGGCUGUCGGAGAGCAGACGGCCUCUACAGAAACGGAGCCGGGUCCGAAUCCAUCGGAGACAGCUCGGUCGUUCUUGCCUCUCGAGCCUGAAGCACCGAAUUCUUCGUGUGUCUCCGCGGCAGUGUCCUCGCCCUCUGCACCCCCGACCUCACCCCCAUCUGCCGCUGUCUCCUCUUCCCGUCCCUCGCUCGCAUCUUCCUCGCCCUCGCCAAUUGUUACGUGCGACGCCGCGGCUGCUUCCUCAGCGUCUCUGCCGUCGUCGCCCACGCUGGUUUGCGCUUCUUGGACCGACGACUUGCCCGCGGGUUCUGGUGUCGUUUCGACCGCCUCAGGUGUCCCUGCAGCUGCGCCUCCCCCGCCGCUGCUUGCGCGUGCCCGCAGCCCGGCGAGGGAGUUUUGCGCUCCUUCUUUGCUCUCGCCAUUUCUCGUCCGUUCACAGGUCGGCAGAGAUGGAACACGGAAACUCUGCGACGGGCGAGAAAUUGACGUUCCCGGCGCCGGAGGAAAGCGUUCGCUCCCAGGAUGUGGCGACCAGCCCUCAGCAACACCAACCGCAGUGCCGGAAAGAGAUUCAGAGAAACUCGCAGCGCGGGUAGACGGGACCGGGACGGCCGCGGAGUCUGCUGAGGCAGGGGCGACGCAGCGGCAAACAGACAGAACCACAGAAACAAAGGAACAAAGUGUUGGAGAUGCGGACGCGCCGGCGCGACCGGGGCUGUGUGCGCGCGAGUCAGUGAGUGCUUCUUCUGGGGCGUCUGCUUCAGAGGCUGCAUCCGCCGCGCGUCCACCUGCAUGUACAGACGACGCGAAACGCAGGCAGCAGGAAACCCGUUCUUCUGAUUCUGCCUCGGCAUUCGCCAUUGUCUCCCCUUCGCUCGCGGUUGGCCGUUCGUAUCCGUCGUGUGCUUCCUCACUCUCGUCUUGUUCCCCUCCUCUCUCUGUUGGCGCUUCUGCCUUUCGUUCUCUGGACAAGCAGUCUGGCGUCAGGGGCGUCGAUGCAACUCUGGGCGCGGCGAGCUGUGUACUCGCUUCCUCGGACGAAGGGAGCCGAGGAAAUGUGCGUCGAUUGGGGGACGCGUUCUCGGCAUCGAUGCUGCUUUCUGGAAGCGGAUCCACCGUGGAGGGGACGAGACCGAAUCCCGAGGAGGGCGCGGUCUCGCCUCUUGACGCACGAGACUUGCAAAGCGUUGAGCGCGUCGGCAGGGUGCAUGUAGGCGACAGGAUUGAAGUGUGCUGGCGGAUCGCCGGUGGAGACGAGGAGUCGGUUGCCGGGACGAGCGACCGAGGAAACGGUGAGACAGAUGCGUCAGGCGAGUGCACGGCGGGGUGCCGCGAGAAACAGCACAACGAAGCCUCGCUUCAAACCCCGACGGACGGGCGGCAACGCGCCGGGGAGACGGCUUCGAUUUCGGCCGGGACCGCAGGUGACGCGCAGGCGGAAGAGGCGUCUCGAGGCGUGGACAAAAUUGUUUGGUGGCCAGCGACAGUCGCCAUGCUGCCUGGACCGCGAACUGUCGGACGCGAAAGUGGUAGGCGAGUCAUGCUGCUGCGCUACGAGCGCUUCGAAGGCUUCCCGGAAGAGUCAGCACAAGUCAUCUUCAUUGGCCCGAGUCGCCUGCUUCACUUGGGGGCGCCGGAGCAACGCGCUCGUGAGACGCCUGGACUCGGCGCGCCAGCGACUGACGAGACGCUUGCGGCUCGGAGAGAUCCUCAGAGGAGACAAGUGAGGAAUCGAGAAACAGGGACGGAGGCGCUUACCUGUCCCGAGGCACGCGCCCCCGUUCUCAUCUUCAAACGCCCAGGAGAACUGCCACCGGAGGACUACGACUCUGACUCGGACGAUACUUCCUUUUCGAUCGCCGAAAUUCUCCAAGAGCAGGCGCGCUUGGAUCACGAGGAGGGCACAGCGGAAAUGCCGAGCGCGCUCCAUGUGCUUGACACCCAAUUCUCGUCGUUGCCCCUCCUCACGCAAAUGAAUGCAGCCGCAAGCUACCGUCAUUUCGCCGACCAGUUCUUGUCCGCAGUCCUUCACUGA